AUGGCUGCAAAAGCAACAACAGUUGCUGAUUUUCGACAAAGGAUGGAUAAGAUGAAACGGAUGGAUGAGAAGGCUUAUGAUUGGUUGUCCAAGAAACCAGUAGAGCAUUGGUCUAAGUCACAUUUCACCAUUGCUGCUAAGUGUGACGUACUUUUGAAUAACAUGUGUGAAUGUUUCAAUAGCCUCAUAUUGGAUGCUCGAGAGAAGCCUAUAAUUCCGAUGUUUGAAAAUAUAAGGAGUUUGUUGAUGGUACGCUUUCAGCUUAAUAGAGACAAGGCUGAGAAAUGGGACAAGGGCAUUUGUCCUAAAAUUAUAAAUGUUUUGGCAAAGAUCUACAUUGAGGCAGCACAACAUAGCCCACUACAAGCUGAUUCUAUGCACUUUCAGAUCCACGGACCAUCUGGUCAGCACACUGUCAACUUCAGUACAAACUCUUGUAGCUGUAGAAAGUGGGACUUGAUUGGCAUCCCUUGCCCACAUGCGGUGUGUGCUCUUUGGUGUAAGCAUCAAGAUCCACUACAAUAUGUGAGUCCUUAUUAUACGGUUGAGGCAUACAAGAGAUGCUAUGAGAAUGCUAUUUUGCCCAUUACUGGUCCUGAUCUAUGGCCGAAAUGUGAAUUGUCACCUCCACUACCUCCGAUGUACACAAAGAAAGUGGACAGACCUGCUAAAUUGAGAAGGAGGGAAAGAGAUGAAGUGCCUAGUGGAACACAUCUGCGUGGAGCUAAAAGAAAUACUAAGUGCAGGAAAUGUGGACGAGAUGGCCAUAACAAAAGGAUGUGCAAAGAAAUAAGGGAGAGUGUGAAUGAGCCUCCAACACAACAAAGUCAAUCAAGCGCGACAACGACUUCUAAACCACAAAGGAAAAAAGCUUUGGGUAACUAA